AUGCACUGCAUUUGCGACUUGUUGUUCUACCAAACCACCCAUGGCAUACUCGUUAUCUUGAGUUGCAUGGUGGUUAUCGCGUGUCAAAAACCCACAACCGACAUUGUCAAAGAAUCUAAAGAGGCGCCACAAAAAGAAAAUCCUAUUCCUGAUUUAACCCAAAUUUGCCAAAAUCUCAAAAAUGAGAUGCUGGCAAUCAACGCAAAAAGAACCACGCUUGCGAUAGAACAAGUCAAUCAAGAUAUUCGUAUGUGUUUACCUUUGAUGAAACCUGCGGAACAAAUGGAAUUGAUGCAUCAGUCGAAACGCUUACCCAAUGUCCGUGAAACUUGGAUUGAAGAACGUGCCGAUACUGAGCAUUUAGCCAGCUUAACCUCUAAAUUUGGCCAAGAACGUCUGAAAGAUAUUCGUACUGCUGAAAUCCGUUUUGCCCAUAUUCAAAAACCACGUCGUGCAAAAACAGGCAACAAUGUCACACAAAUGCAUUAUGCCAAACAAGGCAUCAUCACGCCUGAAAUGGAAUACAUUGCGAUUCGUGAAAAUCAGCGCCAGCAUGAAGGUGUCGAUAUGCGCCAGCAUGCAGGACAAAAUUUUGGUGCACACAACCUCAUGGAAAUUACCCCUGAAUUUGUGCGUAAAGAAGUCGCUGAAGGUCGUGCCAUUAUUCCAGCCAAUAUUAACCAUCCUGAAUGCGAACCCAUGAUCAUUGGGCGUAAUUUCUUGGUAAAAAUCAAUGCCAAUAUUGGCAACUCAGCUUUGGGUUCAUCGAUUGAUGAAGAAGUAUCGAAAAUGACUUGGGCAACCCGUUGGGGUGCUGACACCAUCAUGGACUUAUCGACAGGUAAAAAUAUCCAUGAAACCCGUGAAUGGAUUAUCCGCAACUCACCAGUUCCAAUUGGUACGGUACCAAUUUAUCAAGCACUUGAAAAAGUCGAUGGUGUUGCUGAAGACCUGACAUGGGAAAUCUUUAAAGACACCCUGAUUGAACAAGCGGAGCAAGGUGUCGAUUAUUUCACCAUUCACGCUGGGGUCUUAUUACGUUAUGUGCCGAUGACAGCCAAUCGGUUAACGGGGAUCGUAUCACGCGGUGGUUCGAUCAUGGCGCAAUGGUGUUUGGCGCAUCAUGAAGAAAACUUCCUCUAUACGCAUUUUGAUGAAAUCUGCGAAAUCAUGAAAGCCUAUGAUGUAUCUUUCAGCUUAGGUGAUGGUUUACGUCAUGAUCGAAGGACCAGAGAUGGUUUACGUCCGGGCUGUAUUCAGGAUGCCAAUGAUGAAGCACAAUUUUCCGAAUUACGCACUUUGGGUGAACUGACCCAUCGGGCAUGGAAACAUGAUGUUCAGGUCAUGAUCGAAGGACCAGGCCAUGUUCCAAUGCAUAUGGUUAAAGAAAAUAUGGACUUGCAACUUGAAGUUUGUCAGGAAGCUCCUUUCUAUACUCUUGGCCCCCUCACCACCGAUAUUGCUCCGGGCUAUGACCAUAUUACCUCUGCGAUUGGUGCAGCGAUGAUUGGUUGGUACGGCACUGCAAUGUUGUGUUAUGUGACCCCUAAAGAGCAUUUGGGUCUGCCCAAUAAGAAAGAUGUUAAAGACGGGAUUAUCACCUAUAAAAUCGCAGCCCAUGCGGCGGAUUUAGCCAAAGGUCAUCCGGGCGCACAAGUUCGUGACAAUGCUUUAUCUAAAGCACGCUUUGAGUUCCGUUGGGAAGAUCAAUUCAAUCUCAGCUUAGAUCCUGAUACUGCAAGAUCAAUGCAUGAUGAAACCAUGCCUAAAGAAGCACAUAAGUCAGCACACUUCUGUUCAAUGUGCGGACCUAAGUUCUGUUCGAUGAAAAUCACCCAAAACGUGCGAGAUUAUGCACAAAAUCAACAAAAUGCAGCCCACCCUGUAAAUAGCGAAACGCUUAUAGAAGAUGGUCUCAAAACCAUGAAAUCCGUUUAUCAGGAACAAGGGCAAAAGUUGUACCAUAAAGUGUAA